ACGACAGGUAGAGUUUGAUGGAAAAAAAAGAAAUCUUUGAACUGCUGCUUUUUGACUUUACUUCUGUGUAAAUAAUUUUUAUAAAUGAUAGGUAUUAAGUGUUUCAAUGUGAUAAGUGAACAAUUUUAGUUAUAAUAAUGUCAGAUAGUACAAUUGAAGGAAGACUGAAGGGUUUGCAAGACCGUUUACAAAAUGAAUUGCGUAUUCGAAGAGAGGGUGCUUUUCAUAAUGAAGGUGGUCUCGGGGCUCCCAGGAGUACUCGAAGACCCAGGCCCCCACUCAUGUUCUCAGCGAGAGACAUACCUGCUUUUCCACCGAGAUCACCGCAAGCCUCUGACACUGAAUACAGAAUGCGGGAGGUCUACAAGGUGAGUGGCAAACUUAACGUGGGCGGCGUGGAGUACAGAUCUCAUAUCGAUGAGCUGCAACAGCUGGGCGAACUGGGCAGCGGCACCUGCGGCCACGUUGUCAAGAUGCUGCACAAGCCUUCGGCAGCUGUUAUUGCUGUGAAGCAAAUGCGUCGCUCCGGCAACUCGGAGGAGACGAAGCGUAUUCUGAUGGACCUGGAUGUGGUGGUCCGCUCCCACGACUGUCCGUACAUAGUGAGGUGCCUCGGCUGCUUCGUGACGGACGCUGAUGUAUGGAUCUGUAUGGAACUGAUGGCGUCCUGCUUCGACAAGCUGCUGAAGAGACUCGGCGCUCCCAUACCGGAGACCAUCCUGGGGAAGGUCACCGUAGCGACGGUGAACGCCCUGUCGUACCUGAAGGACACCCACGGCGUGAUCCACCGCGACGUGAAGCCCAGCAACAUCUUGUUGGACGAGCGCGGGAACGUCAAGCUCUGCGACUUCGGCAUCAGCGGCCGGCUGGUCGACUCCAAGGCCAAGACGAGGAGCGCCGGCUGCGCGGCUUACAUGGCGCCGGAGCGUAUCGACCCCCCGGACCCGAGUCGACCGGACUACGACAUCCGCGCGGACGUGUGGUCGCUGGGCAUCUCGCUGGUGGAGCUCGCGACGGGAGUGUUCCCGUACAGGGACUGCCAGAACGACUUCGAGGUGCUCACCAGGGUGAUAGCUGACGAUCCGCCGCAAUUACCCGAAGACAGUGACUUCACUCCGGAGUUCAAAUCUUUCGUAUCACAGUGUCUGACAAAGAACUACCGCCAGCGGCCGAAGUACGUGAAGCUGUUGGAGCAUCCGUUCGUAGUGAAGUCCGCCCGCAGCUCCGUGUCGGUGGGCGCGUGGUACAGCUCCCUGCCGCUGACGGGGACCAACACUAGCAUGCAGUCGAAAUCCAGCUCGGGCUCGGGCUCCUCGCAGUCCAUCAACUCGACCAGUAACGGAGUGGAGACGCCGGUGACCCCACAGCCUGUAAGAAAUUUCGUGACCAGUUCGCAGUACUGGACCCCGGAUCAGGCCACGCCGACCCCAGCCAGAGCGUGGUGGGCUACACCCGCGAGCGCCGGCGGCAGCAGUUCGCAGCCCGCCAGCCUGGAGGCAGACCUUUCAAAUCACUCACCUUACCCGAGGCGCAGGACGAUAGAGGCGUGCGUGUCGCCGCCGACGCCGGUCCGACGCGUCUCCACCGACAACCGCUGGAGGGCGUCACCGUCUGUACGUGACGUCACAUACAUACAGACAGACAUAUACGAAAGCUCCGGCAACACCAGCCCUAUAGUGCUGCAGCGGUUCUAUCACCAGAACCAGCAGAGGAAGUCCCGCGUGGACCUGCACUCCACGAGACACCGCAGUCUGAGUCGCGAGCACAGCACGGGGAGGUCGCCCGAGCCCCCGCCGCGGACCAGCAGACAUCACCACAUGCUGGGCCACGACGCGAACGGCAGCGUGGAGUUAGAGCCGCCCCCGCUCCACGACCGUCUGCACCCUCCCUCACCGCUGCUGUUGAGUAACGACAGGUUAUCAGAAGGCCGCAGUAGAAGUCUGACGCGCGCAGAACUACGCAACGGAUACCGCGACAAACACGACGACCAGGGCUGGCUGCACUCGCUCGCGGGGCUGGUGAAGCGCCGGCUCAGCGGGUACGUCAAGUGGCAUCACGUUGUAGCGCGCCGCGACCCGCCGCACGCCGCCGGGACCGCGCCGUCUCAACACAGGUGGGGAACCAACGAGAGCUGGAGCGUCCCCGCGUCCCCCCUGCCGCCGCGCGCACCCCCGCCGCGCGCCGCCGCGCCCCCCCGCCCCUUCACUAUCGAUACAAAUGUUAUGUAAUGUUGUGACAUUUGACAGUUUUGAAUAUACACUGGAGUGAUUUAAAGUAUUUCGCAAACUACAUGCAAUCGGAGACAAUACUGUACAAGUAUAGACUGCUUUAUAUAGAAAGUUACCCGCUGACACGACGCGCCGACCGCAGCGCCCCGAGCACGGCGGUCGAAGGUCACCAAAUAUAUAAGUCAUUGUAAUGUAUGUGUGUACAUAUUGUGUGAGGCGAGCGACCGGCGCCGUCGGGGCGAGACCUGUGAGCGGCGACCCGACCGCACGGCGGCGGCGGAGCAGUCGCGAAGUUGACUUAACGCGAGAUGGAGGUGCACAUAAGGCUUGAAUACACUGUCACCGAAUACCAUCAUUACUUUACUUCUCUGAUAUAUAUUUUUUAAAGAAUGUACCAUUCUCUAUAUUUAUAUAUGGUGUGUAUAAGGCUUUAAUUCUUUUCUUUUAUUAUUUAUUGAGCUUUCAUUAACAUCAGUCGAGACCUGGUGGUCAGGUCUCCUUGUCGACUGCCGACCGGUCCCGAUGGAAUUGUAUGAAUACAAAGCUUGCAUGUGAAGCCGCGGUCGAAUGUUUGCUAUGAUGUGAAAGAAACUUCACAGACUAUAAUAAAAUAUAACUGACAGACUUUCUUUCUUUUAAAAUAUUUUUAUUAAUCGAGUCAUUAGGUACAACUGAGUGACCGUCUCUGCCGCGCCGUGGGUACAUUAUGAUAUACCUAGUAUGAGUUUUGUAAAUAUCGUGUAUAGAGUACACUGGAGGGCGGGCAGUGUGUCUGAAAGUACUUUAUUUUAUAUGAUUUUUAUCAGGAACAAAGCACAAAGUACGUUAUUAUCACUUUCAUCAAAGGGUUUGUACAAUAUUUUGUUUUGUACCAAAUGUAUAGUGAAUAUUUAUAAUGGUUGUCAUUUUUAAUUAGUGUCCGUACCAAAGGGCUUUCCAAAUGUGUUGACAUUUACAGAUUAUUAUUAUUAUUUUUUGUUUACGAUAAAAUUAUAACGAUUUAUAUGGGAUGAGAUGUUUUCUCAAACUAAAUAAAUUCAGCUUGGAAUGUGUCGAGUAUCGAAUUAUUAAUAUCACGCGGUCCUCUGUUCUGUUUAUAGAAGUAUUAAAGAAGCGCCACGCAGACGUGUCGACUUACGACGACAGUAACGCUGUAGUGGCACGGGAUUUUAAUGACGUUUAAAUGAAAGUGUUCCUUAUUGUAACUGAAUAAAUACAAUAUUUGCUUGAUUGUGUUUUUACGAAGCGUUGUCAGCCUCCGCUGCAUAAUAACGCCAACCGAGCACAUGCGACGCUGUAGCUGGGCGUCCGGGGAUCAGUCGUGACACUUUCUAUAUAUUUUUUAUGUGAGUGUUCCCCGACAGCGGCGCCCUCUAGUCGACGGCGGAGCGAUCAGUUUGAUGAGUUAUGUAAAGGAUUUGUUUUCAUGUGUAAUUAUUAUGUUAAUGUGUAAUGUAUUAAAUGCGGAUCAAAUUUUAUAA